AUGGCACGCCGCGCGUCAGCCAGAAUCCGCGCAAAGCAGUCGGCCACGCCACAGCAGCCUGAGCGAGUGUCUGACAUGGACGUCGACAGAAAUGCUAUCAAGACACCACGCACUGCUCCCAAGCUGUCGGCCCUCGACGAAGAUGAUGAGCCACAACCCACGCCGACCAGAAGCACUCAAACUCCCCGUGACGGCACCCCUAUCCAACCCAGUGUGCAAGAGAUGCAUCCUCAGAAAUACCAGAUGAGCACAGCCAAGCCCCUUGACGAAGCUAGGUGGCUCGGGUUUAGCAGCAACAAGACCAGCCAGCAAACACCCACCAAGACACCCAAAGCUACACAGAACAUCAUGGACAGCGCUCCCGACUUCAGCUUCACCUUCCAGCGGCCUACCUUGAACCUGAGCCCCCAGGCCCGCGCCUUGAUGGACGAGACAAGAGGAGAGGCGGCGAAGAUCCGAAUCGAGAUGCAGGCUACACAGAAGGGUCAGCCGUCAGCCAGCGACGUCUUGGGCCGUAAGAUAGCUACACCCGCAGGAAAGGUCAGCCGCUUCAGCGACGUGCACAUGAAGGCUUUCAAGAAGAUGGACUCGAUUGCCGACCACCCCUCAGCCUUCCGAGCCAAAGACAACCGCCCGCUGGGCACCGACAAGCCUUCAACUCUCAAGCGGUCGCCCUCCAAAGCCGAGCUCGAGCGUCCAUCCUCGUCGUCCUCGUCCACGUCUCUGCCUCGCCCUUCAUCGCACAGCAAUCUUGAGGCAGGUCCGGCCAAGCGCGUCAAGCGUGCGGCAGACGACGAUGCUGCCACUUCGCGCCCUGACGCUACCCCCAAGCCCAUCCUCAAGAGUGCUCUCAAAUCAAACAUGACACCCCGCUCUGUCAAGCCUCCCCAGUCUAUACUCAAGUCGGCCAAAUCCGCCCGUCGCACAACCAUGAUCCCUGCCUUCCAACGCAGCCCCGUCAGGUUGAACAUGACGAGUGCAAGUGUCCAGGCAGACCAGGCUCGAGACAAACAACAGGACCAACGCCCACAACUGUUAUCCAAGUCCCCUAUGAAGUCGCCAGUCAAGUCGACUAUGGCUGAUCGUAUCGCUCAGUUUGAGCCCGAGGCGCCCGAGAGCCCACUGCUCAGUCGUAGUCCGGCCAAACACCCAAUUUCAACUAAGACUACUGCUGCUCCUACGUCUCCCGAUGCUGCUUCCCAGCUUCCUUUCCUUGCUAGAUCACCCGCCAAGAAGACUGCCAAUGUCUUUCAAGGUCACGAGGAUAAGGAUGCAUCCAAAGAGAAGCACAACAAACAGCCUCUACUCGCCCGUUCGCCUGCCAAAAUCUCCAUGUCUCAGAGCUCCGUCGACACUGCUCAACAAACUCCGGGAAAGCCUAGUCUGUUCGCCCGUUUCAACCUGUUGCGCCAGUCUCCGGUCAAGUCUAUCCUGCGCACUCCACAGCGCUUGUACUCGGACGAUCCCUUCAAGGUCGCCAACGGCACACACUUGUCAACUCCACCUAACGCCAUCCCGGAUGCCGAAAAGGCUGGACCCCCUCCACCUCCCAAGACUUGCCCUGUCAUCAAGCAUGUCGACUUUUCUGCCUCGACCAAGGCUCUCGACCAAGCCGAAGAGACCCCUGACACUCCCACCAAGGCCUCCUCUCCUCCCUCCAAGACUGGCGAGCAAUCUUCCAUUACCUAUCCUGCUCUACCCGCUACAUCUGACACCGCCGACCGACCUAAGAAGGCUUAUCGUCGCAUGACUAUGGCUGGCACCCCCAACGACUUCACCUUCCGCGCAGGUGCACAAGCUAUCACCUUUGCACCCUCGCCCCGUCGCACCACUUCCCAAGAAAUCGCACCUUCCAUCCGCUCCGUCCAACACUCCCCCGAGCUCCCCAAAGUAACCGGUACCAAACGCAAAGCCGACAACGAGGAUUUGAGAAAAGAAGCCCACACCACCACCACCCCAGCGAGCGACAAGGAAAACGACGACGACAUCGAGCAUCGUCCAGCAAAGAAAGCCAGAUCCGACAAGCCCGGACCCACUCGUCCAUCAGUGACUCCAGCUUCCUUGAAAACUCCAGUCAAGAAGAUUCCUACAGUGGGCGUGAGACCAAAGUCGUUCACUCAGAAGCCCAAGGAGAAGCGUCCGGGCAUGUUGAGUGCAGCUCGCUUGGCUGCUCUUGCAACACCCAAGAGACGUUGA